AUGGCUACAAAUGUUCCUGUCAGUGAAGAAAACUCUGAAGAAAACUCUGAUGAGUUUGGAAGUGACAGUGAGGAUGAUGAUUAUAUACUUUCUAGCAGUGAGGAAGAUGAUGAUGAGGCAGAUCUCUGUGAUUUCAUAGAGGAUGAAAGAGACACAGAUGACCUUCAUGAUGAUGUUCCAGAGAAGCAGUUUCAGGAUUUUUUGGAUGGCAGUUCAGCAAUGGAUAAAACAUAUAAAAAUGGCAAAAUUUGGACCAAUCAGGAGUUUGGAUCCAUCACUUUAGAGCCAUGGCUCAUAUUUGCAGACAGGCAGUCACUUUUGGAUGUGUUUAAGGACUACUGUGUCCAAGAAGGGUUUGGGGUUUAUUUAGAAAAGAGUGACCCAACAAGAUUGAUAGCAAGGUGUGCUAUUGACACAUGCAACUGGAGGAUUUAUGCCUCCACUAUGAAAGACAAGAUCAGCUGGGCAAUCAAGUCUCUAACAGGAGAGCAUAGUAGUUGUGGGAGAUUGGAAAUAAAUCCAAUUGUGAGUUCUCAGUGGAUGUGUAGGCAUCUUCAGUCAGACAUUCAUGCCAAUCCUGACAUACCAGUUGAUGCAUUACAGAAACUUUGUAUGGAAAGGUUUAGGCUACAAGUGAAGAAAAGGCUGUUGUACAAGGUGAGGGAAAUGUCCAAGGAGAUUAUCCAUGGUGGUUAUGGGGAGGCCUACUCAGUGUUGCCUAGGUAUGCUGAAAUGGUGAAGGAGACCAACCCAGGUAGUUAUGCCCUGGUCACAUGGGGUGAGGCCACUGCAACUGAGCCCCCAAGGUUCAAGGGCUGUUUCUUUUCUUUUGCUGCCCAACUAAGGGGAUUCUUGAGAGGAUGCAGGCCAUUCAUUGGCAUUGAUGGAGCCCACCUGAGUGGACAUUUCAAGGGCAUUCUGCUAACUGCUGUUGGGAUUGAUGGGAAUAAUGAGAUUUUUCUCAUUGCAUAUGGAGUGGUGGGUUCUGAGAGUAUUGACAGUUGGGGCUAUUUUCUUAGGAAUUUGAGGUGCUUGUUUGAGAAAGAAGGUUGUAGGAGAGAUGAUUGGACCUUCAUCUCUGACAGAAUAAAGGGGGUUGACACAACAAUUAAUGAGACAUUCCCUAGAGCAACAAGAAGAGUGUGUUGCCAGCACCUAUACAUGAACUGCAAGGCUAAAGGAUUUAGUGGUUCAGCAUUUCACAAGCUGUUCUGGAUAGCAGCUGAUGCAUACAACGAGCAUAAGUUUGAUCCUUCCCUCUGUUGUGACCAUAACACAACAAAUUUUGUGGAGUCUUUCAACUCAUGCACCAAGCCAUACAGAGAUUUACCAGUUCUGAAAAUACUUGAAGCUAUAAGGCAAUGGGUGAUGAAGAGGAUUGGCUCAAGGUUUGACAAAUCACUAACCAUGGGGGAUAUGGACCUGACUGAGUAUGCAGACAAGAUUCUACAAACAAGAUCAGAUGAGUCAAGGUUAUGCUUUGCUAUUCCCUGUGGUGGGGAUGAAUUUGAGGUCAGAGACCAACAUGUCCAUUUUCCCAUCAAGCUGAGCACUGGCAUAUGUGGUUGUGGGAAAUGGCAGCAUUCUGGACUUCCAUGCAAACAUGUGCUGAGGGUCAUAUACCACCAGAGGCUGCAACCAGCAGACUUUGUAGCCCCCUGUUUCAAAGGGAAGGCAUACAAGCUCACUUAUGCAGAGCAUUUGCACCCUAUGCCUGACCCAUCACAAUGGCCAUCAGGGAACCUACCUGACAUAUUGCCCCCUUUGGUGAAAAGAGCUGCAGGGAGACCAAAGAAGCAAAGACAAAGAGGGCCAAAUGAAUCUAGGAGAGGGAAGAGGCAUGCAACAGUAAAGUGCAGCUUAUGCAGUGAGUUGGGACACAACAAGGUCACUUGUUCAUGA